AUGAAAGGUCAUCAUAAAGUGACAUUGGGUGUUGGACAGGUCUUCGGGAUCAAACUCGCCCCGUCCGCGUCGGUCGUGCAGAUCGCCGCAGCGGCCGGCUUCGACGCGCUGUUCAUCGACCUCGAGCAUUCGGCCCUGUCCCUCAACGAUGCCAGCCUCCUCUGCACGACGGGUCUGUUGGCGGGGAUAACCCCGUUCGUGAGAGUGCCGUACCAGUGCGGCGACGGGUUCGUCCAGAGGGUCCUGGACGGAGGAGCCAUGGGGGUCAUCUUCCCGCAUGUGAGCACGAGAGACGAGGCUGAAUCUGCCGUCGCCAUCUCAAAGUACCCGCCCGCCGGGAAACGCUCGAUGACCGGACAACUCCCUCAGUUCGCAUACGCGGCCCAGCCGCACGCCGUGGUGAUCCCGCAAUCCAACAACGUGGGCUCGACCGUCAUCGUCAUGAUCGAAACAAAGGAGGCUCUGCAGAACCUCGACGCCAUCGCCUCCGUCCCGGGCGUUGACGUGCUCCUUGUCGGGUCGAACGAUUUGACCAUCGAGCUCGGCAUUUCCUCGCAGUUUGACAGUCCGGUGUACAAGGAAGCCAUGGAGAAAAUCAGCCAGGCGUGUAAAAAGCAUGGCAAGAUCAUGGGCUUGGGUGGCGUCUACGACAAUCCCACGAUCCAAGGCUGGGCGGUCCAUGACUUGGGCGUGGGAUUUGUCCUGGGUGGCCAGGAUUCCAGUUUCAUUGCAAAGGCGGCAAAGGCCUGUGCUGAGGCGUUGGUUAAAGUAGAGAAGAGCCAGAACUGA